CUUUUUUUUUUUUUCUGCUUGCGAGAUUAGGGUCCCUGACCAGUUUAUAUUAGAAUUAUUUGGUGAUUGUUUCUUCUUCUUUUAGCAUGAUAGCAACACGUGGGCUUGAUUUACAAAAGAAUUGUGUUCAUGGCUCUGGUUCCUAUAUAUAAAUCAGCUCAAAGGGAGAUUUACAAAAGAAUUAUACAGGAAUGUGCAACUAGCCUGCUCACUGCACAUUCAGAUAUGUUGGUUAAUUUUGAAAAGUAUAGAUACAUGACAGUGCGACUAGCAGAUGGAAACAUUUAGUCAAAGCUGGAGAUAUGUUCUAUUCUUCAUCAACAUCGACAGUCUGACACAUAAGGGUUAAUUUGGAGCGCAUGCUGAGGAGAACAACUUGGUGAAAGGAAGGAAAUAGUGAACAACACAAGGUGAACUAUUCAAAGCCCUCGUGCCAGUCUUACAACCGCUUGAUUCUUUAUGGAGAUCCAAUUGCCUUGGAAUCACCAUCUUUCCGAGAUCUAAUGGACAAAAGUAGUGCCACAAUGAUGCUUGCACGCAGAUGUCCAUAAACCCAUCAUGCAUCCCACAGUCCCACUACCUUAGCUCUCCUACAAGGCAGUCUGAAUUGUUCUAUAUUUCAAAAUGAAGUUCUUUGGUUGGAUGCAAAACAAGCUCAGUGGAAAACAAGGGAAUGAGAAAUCAAAUACUGUUCCAGUUCAAGCUACUCAUCAUAAGAAACAGGAGCCUCGUGAAGAGUUCAGUGAUUGGCCUCAUGGCUUGCUCGCAAUAGGAACCUUUGGUAACAGUGAUCUGAGGGACCGCCAAAACCCACAGAGCCAAGAGGUCAUCCAAGAGGAGGAUGACCUAUCUAAUAUCCUAGGGGAACCAUCUUCAUCUGAGGAUUUGCAGGAGUUCACACCGGAAGAAGUAGGGAAAUUACAGAAAGAGUUGACAAAACUCUUGUCAAGGAAAAAAGAUCCCAAUGUGGAGAAGGAAAUCGCCAACCUUCCCUUGGAUAGAUUUCUUAAUUGCCCCUCCAGCCUGGAGGUGGACCGUAGAAUCAGUAAUGCACUUUGCAGUGAUUCAGAUGAUUAUUAUAAAGAUGAAGAUAUUGAUCGGACCAUUAGUGUUAUUCUUGGUAGAUGCAAAGACAUUUGUGCAGAGAAAAAGAAGAAAUCAAUUGGGAAAAAAUCCAUUUCUUUCCUUCUGAAGAAGAUGUUUGUCUGUGGAAGUGGGUUUGCCCCCCAACCCAGUUUGAGAGACACACUUCAAGAGUCCAGAAUGGAGAAACUUUUGAGGAUGAUGCUACAUAAGAAGAUUUACACUCAAAAUUCUUCUCGGGCAUCAUCCAUGAAGAAAUACUUAGCGGACAAACAGACAGGGAAAAGGCGAAGUGAAGAUGAAACCCAGGAGAGAAAUAGUGAUGGACAUAAAUGGGUCAAAACAGAUUCUGAAUAUAUUGUUCUAGAAAUGUAAUUCCAAGAAGCAAAAAGAAGGUGACUGGUACAUAGUUUUUGACUAUCCUAAUAACCUGGAAGGGUGAAAUUUGGCUCAGUGAUCUUAAUCGUUUCAUGUUGAUCAUCAGCAUUGCAACUUUGAAAUAUUCAACAACUUGAAGAAAAAAAAAAAAAAUGGUUGGCUUCAUUGAUGUAGAACUGAGAUUUCCAAAAAGUACAAAAUUCCAACAAUAAAGUUCAUCUUUAUUGGCUCAUGACAGCAUCCAGGCAGCUUACAAUAGCUAUUAGUCUCUGUAUUUUGGUGAUGGUGCUUUCCCUCUUUUUUUCAUGGCUGUACCUGCUGGCGCAUCGUGCAGCAUAUGUUAUGAGAUAUCGUCAAAAAGGAUAUCUGAGACAGCACCCUCACUUCUGGACAUUUUGAAUAUCGUCUGAUACUUAAUUCUCUUUGUUGAUUUUGUUAUAUUUGCCUUCACCUGUUUGCUAAGCUUCGCCUUCUGUAAGAUAGUUUUGUGGUGAAUAAUAUUUAAUCGGCAUACAUUAUUGAGACGUGGAUUCCCUUAAUAUUCAGCCAUCUUUGUUACGGUUAUGUUCAACAAGUGCUGUAAAAGUUGUGUAAGAAAAGCCAACCUAGUUG